CGGCCGGGGGAGCUGCUGGUGCCGUUGCUCCCGCUGGGCCGGCGCUGUCCACGUUGGCCCCGGGCGCCUUGGCCAUGCGGCGCGCUCUCCGCCCGGGCCCCGCCGGCCCCUCAUGACCCUGAGCGGGCUCCUCCGCAGGCAGGAAGGCGGGGGCGGCCGCCGGACCCUCGCUCCCCACGCCGCCGCCGGCCGCCGCCGCCGCCCCAAGAUGAUCCCCUACUUCUCCGCCGACGCCGUCAUCUCGCAGAACGCCAUCAACCAGCUCAUCAGUGAAAGCUUUCUCACGGUGAAAGGCGCAGCCCUCUUCCUGCCUCGUGGAAAUGGUUCUUCAGCUCCCCGGAUCAGCCACCGGCGCAACAAACAUGCAGGGGACCUUCAGCAGCACCUACAAGCCAUGUUCAUGCUUCUCCGACCAGAAGAUAAUAUCCGGCUGGCUGUAAGACUGGAAAGCACGUAUCAGAACCGCACACGAUACAUGGUGGUGGUCUCGACCAACGGUCGGCAAGACACGGAGGAAAGCAUUGUCCUCGGAAUGGAUUUCUCGUCCAAUGACAGCAGCGUGUGCACCAUGGGGCUGGUCCUGCCGCUCUGGAGCGACGCCCUCAUUCAUCUGGAUGGCGACGGGGGCUUCAGCGUCUCGACAGACAACAGGGUGCACAUCUUCAAGCCGGUGUCGGUGCAAGCCAUGUGGUCCGCCCUCCAGAGCCUUCACAAAGCGUGCGAAGUGGCCCGGAUCAAUAACUACUACCCCGGGAGCCUUUUCCUCACCUGGGUCAGUUACUAUGAGAGCCACAUCAACUCCGACCAGUCCUCGGUCAACGAGUGGAACGCCAUGCAAGAUGUCCAGUCCCACCGGCCAGACUCCCCUGCCCUCUUCACAGAUGUCCCGACAGAGCGAGAACGCACGGAGCGUUUGAUCAAGACCAAACUGAGGGAGAUCAUGAUGCAGAAGGACUUGGAAAACAUCACGUCCAAGGAGAUCCGAACAGAACUGGAGAUGCAGAUGGCGUGCAAUCUCCGGGAGUUCAAGGAAUUCAUCGACAACGAGAUGAUCGUCAUCCUCGGCCAGAUGGACAGUCCCACGCAGAUCUUUGACCACGUUUUCCUGGGGUCAGAGUGGAACGCCUCCAAUCUGGAAGACCUGCAGAACCGAGGGGUGCGGUACAUUUUGAACGUCACUCGAGAGAUCGAUAAUUUCUUCCCGGGGAUUUUCGAAUACCACAACAUCCGUGUUUACGAUGAAGAAGCAACAGAUUUGUUAGCUUACUGGAAUGACACAUACAAAUUCAUCUCCAAAGCAAAGAAGAACGGCUCCAAGUGCCUGGUUCACUGCAAGAUGGGAGUCAGCCGGUCCGCCUCCACAGUGAUCGCGUACGCCAUGAAGGAGUACGGCUGGAACCUGGACCGGGCCUACGAUUACGUGAAGGAGCGGCGCACAGUCACCAAGCCCAACCCCAGCUUCAUGCGGCAGCUAGAGGAGUACCAGGGGAUCCUUCUGGCCAGCAAGCAGCGGCAUAACAAGCUCUGGCGGUCGCACUCCGAAAGCGACCUCUCUGACCACCACGAGCCCAUCGGCAAGUCCGGGAUGGAAGUCAGCAAAAAGGAGAUCACGACGUCCGCAGACCAGAUCUCGGACAACAAGACCCUCAACAGCCACCACUCGUCGGCACCUCCAGGAGGGCCCACUAGCCCGCCCGUCGAAUGCUGGUGCCAUCUCGGCGCCAACGCCAUGGAGGACUUCUGCGGCAGGGAGAGGGUGAUCCAGCUGGAGAUCACCUCCCGAGACUUCAGCACGGAGCAGAUGGAGGACAAGUUGAACCUGAACAGCAUCAAUGGGUGCCCUUCCGGGUGUUGCUUAGAUGACCCAAAGUUUCCUCUGGACAACUGCCGAGCCCCUGAGGCCAUGCUUCAGCACGGAGAAGCCUUCAAGGUGGCUGCUGAGUUUCCCGACUUGGCAGUGGAUGAUUUGGAGAAAGAUGCCCUCAAGCAAGGCGACGGGAGCGUCCAUUUGGUCCCCAUGGAAGAGCUGGAGUCUUGCUUGCAAGACCUUCCAAAGUCGCCCAACCGCGACUCCCCGAGCCCACCAUUCCCCUCCCAACCCGAGAGCACGGAUUUCAGCACAGACAGGAUAGACUUCUUCAGCGCCUUGGAGAAGUUUGUGGAACUUUCUCAGGAGGGCAGGUCCCGCGCCUUCUCCCACUCGAGGACGGAAGACCAGGGAGGCGGGAGGAACGGUCUCCCCAAAGUAUCGGCACUGGAAUUGCUGCCCUCUGAUCCCGUGGGAGAUGCUGGACGGAACAACUCAAUGGGCAACUCCCCGCUGGUGUCAGAAGCGUCUUCAACGGAGGAGGAACAUCUGAAGCUCUCUGAACUGGACCGGUCAAGCGGCCUGACACGAUCUCACUCAGAAAACGCCAUCUCGGUGAAAGAAAUAGUCACGGAAAUCGAAUCAAUCCACCAGGGCGUGGGGCAGGGAGUGGAAAAAAGGGACAGCUUGAACAGUCAAGUCCCAGCUUCCAAGAGGAACACCGUCCACGAGCUGCCCGCAGAAUCAGUCUGGGCCUGGGAGAGUAAGUCCGGGAAAGCCGAGCCAGGGGAAGGGGUUGCCACGCCGCAGAAGGAGGCAGCCAGAGAGCCUCCGAAACCAGAUCAAGAGAGUACGUCAGUCCCACAGGCGCCGGGUGCUAAGCUGGAGUCCGAAGAGAGCGACAACUUGCCAGAAGACCCACUGGAGACUCGUCUGAAUCCCGGGCCCAAGUGGUGCCCAGGCUCUGUACGGCGUGCCACCCUGGAGUUUGAGGAGCGCCUCCGACAAGAGCAGGAACUGCAGCACGCCUCCCCUAUCGCCCCCUUACCCGUCCGCAAGAACUCCAAGAUCGAGCCAGCAGCAGCCGAUGUUCUCCUGAAGGGCAAGGAUGAAGAACCGUCCCACGAGCUGGCCCACAUCUCCAGGGAUAAGGAGGCCAUGAGAGUUGGGAACGCCGGUGCCGAGAUCGGUUCCGAACAGCCCCCCGUCCCUCCCGCUCAGGAUGACCGAUUGGAGGGCUCUCGUGCAGAGGUACCGGGGCUGGCCAGAGAGCACAGAACAGUGGUUUUGGUGGAAGGUCACGAUAAGAUCCCUGCGCCUUGCCCCCUCCCCAAAAGAAUCGAGAUCAUUGAGUACACCCACGUGGCAAGGUCGCCCAGCCUCCCUGGGGCGGAUUUCCCAGUAGCGGAGCAGAGUCCUGAACUUGAGGUGCUGGAGAAAGCCUCCACGAUAGCCGCAGCAUCGGUGGUUGAUGAGAACUGUAAUGCACCUUCAUGCUCUGAGGAUCCCGUUGACCUGGUGGGGGCAUGCCCGUCAUUGAGGCCUUCAGUACUGGAGCACAGAGACUUCGAGAAAGCUGUCUUCUCCUUGGGGAGCCCCGAGGAGGAGGAAAUAGGGGUCCUGAUGGACACGGAAGCCCCUCAGUUAGCAAACCCGGUGAACUGUCCGCCCACACAGCACUCAGACCACCUCGCCCGCCAGCACUUUGUUUGCUUAGAGGGGGUCACGCAGGACGGCACGAGCUCAGACCCCGAGCCAGCCCCUUCGUGGGGCUACGCUGGGAACGGACAGUUUGCCUUUGAGGAGAGGGGAGGAGGGGCCCCGCGGAGGAGGAGCGAGGGGGCCCUAGUGCAGUGGAGCCCGGGGGACUCAAACCCGCCCCUUAAGCAAGACCCGCAGACUGGGGGAGCUCUAGAAGCCAUGGCCACCGUGCCGCAUUGCUGCGGCCUCCCCCACAGCUCCAGUAGCGACAGCAUCCAGGACUUGAGCGGCAGUCCCAGCUCGGUGAAACAGCGCGCAAAGGAAAUGGAGGCCCGGAUCCGGCAAGCGGGCCUCACCCCGCCUUCCCACAUGAAACGGUCGGCCUCCUUAGCCAAGCUGGGCUGCCUGGAUCUGCUGAAGGACGACUUGACCUGCAGGGACCCCCUCUCCCCCAGCCCAUCCUCCCCUGACCCACUUCCCGCCGCCUGCAGCCAGAGAGGGCCCACGCUUGCUUCGGAGCACCGAGCGCAGGACCCGGGCCUGACACUCCUGCCCCCCGUCCCCCAGGCCCCCCAGCUGACGGUGCAUUUCGUGGAGCCGCUCAAGACGGCGGAGCGCAUCGCCCUCAGCAAGCCAGUGGAGAGGCCCCCGGCGCAAUAUGCCAAAGAGUUCAGUCUGACUCGGCCGCUCUCCGAAGCGAAAUUGACUAGUGCCCAGGCAGCCGGGUUGCCUGGUUUGCCAGUGCCCCCAAGGCUGGCUGUGGUGCCCAGGUACCAACACGGUAGAACUCGACUGCCGAGGAGACUCAAAAAAGCAAACGACAGGAAACGUACAACCAAUCCCCUGUAUAAUACCAUGUGAUCUUCAGCCCCC